GGGGAUUAUCGGAAGCGGCGAAUAGUCUUUUACUAUCUCCUGAAGUGUGGGCUGGGCUGAGCUUCACAAUGGUUUAAAUAAGUUCGGAAUCUCCAGAGUUUGGGCGAGUAUGAGGGGUUUUUAAUAAGACAGAAGAGGCGGAGGCAGCAGCCGGUCAUUCAACAUUCACGACCGACCCUUAAUCAUGACGCCACUGUAAUGUCAUUGCUCCACCACCCUGAUAACAGAGAGAGAGAGAAAGAGAGAGAGAGAGAGAUCCGAGCGAGGAAACAUACACACACACACACAAUCAGACUCACACUCGCAUCUUCCUCAUACUCACCAAAAAGUGGAAGCUACAAAAGAGAAGGAGGACAGUCGCCUGCCUCAGCCCGGCGAUCGUGCGCGCGACUGGCAUUUUGGGGGGCGCGCGCGGAUUUUUGUUCGUUCUCGAGAGCUGACGCUCUUCUUGGCGUUUGACGCGCGGCUCGCUCCCUCCACACCUCGAGGUUUUGUCGCCGACCAUGUAGCAGAAAGCGAAGCCGGCUUUGACAAAGGGAAGUAAAAGGAAACACGAAAGGCUUUUCUCUUUCUUUUCUCUUCCUAAACGUUGCUUGAUCACCAUGGAGCUGUUCGUUACGACAGGAGGAAUCGCCUUUAGAAUCCUACUGGGUUUUUUCUUGAUCUCUAACUUUCAGGUUCCUUUUGUACAGUCUCAGCCUGGACCUGUUGGGAACCUUACUGUUGUGACUUCAACCACAUCUGCAUCACUUUCCUGGACUACAACAGCACAAAGCAAUGUCUCAUACAUUGUAAUGGUAGUGGAAGCUAAUAAAACAUCAUCGACCAACAGCACUUCUGCCAAUGUGACUGGUUUAAUUCCAGCAACUAGAUACACGUUCACUGUCUCUGCAGUGGCACAAGAUAAUCAGACUGUAGGAAGUAAUGCUAUCAUCAUAAAGUAUACAAAGCCUGGACCUGUUGGGAACCUUACUGUUGUGACUUCAACCACAUCUGCAUCACUUUCCUGGACUACACCAGCACAAAGCAAUGUCUCAUAUAUUGUAAUGGUAGUGGAAGCUAAUAAAACAUCAUCGACCAACAGCACUUCUGCCAAUGUGACUGGUUUAAUUCCAGCAACUAGCUACACGUUCACUGUCACUGCAGUGGCACAAGAUAAUCAGACUGUAGGAAGUAGUGCUACCAUCAUAAAGUAUACAAUCCCUGACACUGUUGGGAACCUUACUGUCAUGGCUUCAACCACAUCUGCAACACUUUCCUGGAAUCCACCAAAUGGAGGGAAUGUAACAUACAGAGUAGUAGUAGUGGAUAUUGAUAAGAUAUUCUGGACCAACAGCUCCUUCAUCAAUGUGACUGAUCUAAGCCCUGCGACUAGCUACACGUUCAUUGUCACUGCAGUGACACAAGAUAAUCAGACUGAAGGAAGUAAUGCAACCAUCACAAAGUAUACAAUGCCUGACACUGUUGGGAACCUUACUUUCAUGGCCUCAAUCAAUUCUGCAUCACUUUCCUGGAAUCCAUCAAAUGGAGGCAAUGUGAUAUACAAAGUACAAGUAGUGGAUAUUGGGAGGAUAUUAUGGACCAACAGCUCCUCCAUUAAUGUGACUGAUUUGUUCCCAGCGACUAGCUACACGUUCAGUGUUGCUGCGGUAGCACUAGAUAAUCAGACAGAAGGAAGUAAUACUACCAUCACACGAUACACACUGCCUGACACUGUUGGGAACCUUACUUUCAUGGCCUCAAUCAAAUCUGCUUCACUUUCCUGGAAUCCAUCAAAUGGAGGCAAUGUGAUAUACAAAGUACAAAUAGUGGAUAUUGGGAGGAUAUUAUGGACCAACAGCUCCUCCAUUAAUGUGACUGAUUUGUUCCCAGCGACAAGCUACACGUUCAGUGUCACUGCAAUAGCACUAGAUAAUCAGACAGAAGGAAGUAAUACUUCAAUCACACGAUACACACUGCCUGACACUGUUGGGAGCCUUACUUUCAUGGCCUCAAUCAAAUCUGCAUCACUUUCCUGGAAUCCAUCAAAUGGAGACAAUGUAAUAUACAAAGUACAAGUAGUGGAUAUUGGGAGGAUAUUAUGGACCAGCAGCUCCUCCAUUAAUGUGACUGAUUUGCUCCUAGCGACUAGCUACACGUUCAGUGUCGCUGCGGUAGCACUAGAUAAUCAGACAGAAGGAAGUAAUACUACCAUCACACGAUACACACUACCUGACACUGUUGGGAACCUUACUUUCAUGGCUUCAACCACAUCUGCAUCACUUUCUUGGAAUCCACCAAAUGGAGGCAAUGUAACAUACAGAGUACAAGUAGUGGAUAUUGGCAGGAUAUUAUGGACUAACAUCUCCUCGAUCAAUGUGACUGAUCUAACUCCAGCGACUAGCUACACGUUCAGUGUCACUGCAGUGGCGCUAGAUAAUCAGACAGAAGGAAGUAAUGUUACCAUCACACAAUAUACACAGCCUGGCACUGUUGGGAACCUUAAAGUCAUAGUGUCAAAUACAUCUGCAGCAGUCUUCUGGAAUCCACCUUAUGGAGGCAAUGUCACUUACAAAGUAAUGGUAUGGGGUAAUGGCGAGAUAUUCUGGACCAACAGCUCCUCCAUCAAUGUGACUGAUUUGUUUCCAGCAACAAACUACACAUUCAGAGUAACUGCAGUGACGCUAGAUAAUCAGACAGAGGGAAUUAGUGCAACCAUCACACGAUAUACAUUGCCUAACGUCAUUGUGAACCCUACCUCUGUUGCUUUAUCAACAUCCUCCAUAUCCCUUAACUGGAAUCAACCAAUUGGAGGCAGUGUGACAUACAAAGUAUACUUACUAAAUAAUGGAACUGUUGUUUUGACAAAUAUGCCAUCUAUUAAUGUGACUGGACUGAUGCCUGCGACUAGCUACAGGUUCAGUGUCUCGGCAGUUGCGCAAGAUAAUAAAACAGAAGGAAACAAUGUUACCAUGACGCAAUAUACAAAACCUGACAUUGUAAAUCUAACCUCUGUGGCUUUAUCAACAUCCUCCAUAUCCCUUAACUGGAAUCAACCACAUGGAGGCAGUGUGACAUACAAAGUAUAUUUACUGAAUAAUGGAACUGUAGUUUUGACAAGUAUGUUAUCUAUUAAUAGUGUCUUGGCAGUUGCACAGGAUAAUAAAACAGAAGGAAACAAUGUUACCAUCAUGCAAUACACAAAACCUGGCCCCAUUGGCAACCUUACUGUCACAGCUUCAUCAACAUUUGCAUUAGUGUCCUGGAAUCUGCUAAAUGGAAGCAGUGUCACAUACAGAGUAAUGGUAGUGGGAACUAGCAAGAUAUUCUGGACCAACAGCUCCUCCAUUACCGUGACUGAUCUGAUUCCAGCAACAAAUUACACAUUCAGAGUAACUGCAGUGGCGCUUGAUAAUCAGACGGAAGGAAGUAGUGCUACCAUCGAACAAUAUACACUGCCUAACGUCAUUGUGAACCCUACCUCUGUUGCUUUAUCAACAUCCUCCAUAUCCCUUUCCUGGAGUCCACCAUAUGGAGGCAGUGUGACAUACAGAGUAUACUUAUUGAACAGUGGAACUGUACUUUUGACAAAUAUGCCAUCUAUUAAUGUGACUGGACUGAUGCCUGCGACUAGCUACAGGUUCAGUGUCUCGGCAGUUGCGCAGGAUAAUAAAACAGAAGGAAACAAUGUUACCAUCACGCAAUACACAAAGCCUGUCAAAGUGGAGCAACUUAAUACUACUACAAUCACAGAAACAUCUAUACUGCUUUCCUGGCAUCAAGUACAAGGUGUCAAUGUCUCAUACAAAAUCAUUGUACUUGACCAACAGAGCUAUAUUUCAACAUUCUACACUUCCACGUCUUUCUUUAAUGUGACUGGAUUAUCAUCUGGGACUAGCUUCUCAUUUAAUGUCACUGCUUUGGCUGCAGAUAAUUCAACAGAAGGAUAUCCUAAUACCAUUACAGGAUGCACAAAUGCUGCACAAGUACAAAAUGCAGAUUGUUUUGGCCCAGAUAACAAUCCAGUGCUGAAUAUUACAUGGCAACCUCCAAGUGGUUCAUAUUCAGAAAUUAAUAUUUCUAUUAGUAAUACACAGGGCCUAUAUACAGCUUUUCCUUCUAAUAAUUUUUAUACAGUUUACAAUCUAAAGUAUGCUGCCAAUUACACUAUCAGAAUAACAACUAUAUCAUGUGGUGAGAAGAGUUCUGAUGUUGUUCUAAAUUGCAAAACAGGAAUCUCAAGUCCACCAGUACCAUCUGGUCCUCUAAACCUCAAUGUCAAAGUAAUAACUUAUCAGACUGUUACAUUUGUUUUCAAGUCAUUCUCUAAUGAAAAUGGAAACAUUGAUGCCUAUGCUGUAAUAGUCACUUCAGACACAGGUAGUACAACUCCUAACAAUUUGUCUCUCACAAAAACCUAUACUGACUACAAUAAUAAAAAUACUGACAGUUAUGUGACAGCUAUAAUCACUCCAGUUUCUGAAGAACCGACUGUAAUUAUAGGAGAUGGAACAGCAUAUUAUGGUUAUACAAAUGGUGUGCUUGCUGCUACAAAAGCAUACAGGAUUGCAGUAGCAGCAUUUACUAAACUGACUUUGAGUGGAAACAGAGCAUCAAAUGGAAAUUUAAUUGAUACUGCAAAGUCAUAUUUUUCUAUCACCCAGUUCUCAAAUACAAUUAAUAUUCCUGAAAAUCCAGCUGUCAUUGGAGGAGCAGUGGGAGGAACCCUGGCAGCACUUCUUAUUCUGGCUUUACUUACAGCGAUUUUAUUCAUUUACUGGAAAAGGCGCAGCAAAAAACUUUCAUCUUCUGGUAAUACUGUGCCUUUCAACAAAAUCAAGAAAUUCUUUAGAAAUAUUCCAGUAAAGGUUGAACACUAUGAGGACUACUAUCUUCAGCAAACUGCAAAUGAAAACUGUGGUUUUGCAAUUGAAUUUGAGGAUCUCAAAUCUGUUGGCACCAAUCAGUCGAAGAUGGCGGGGCUUGCUUUAGAUAAUAAAGGGAAGAAUCGUUACAAUAAUGUGUUACCAUAUGAUGCUUCUCGUGUCAAGCUAUUAAAUCAAGGUAACAUAAGCGGAGACUACAUUAAUGCUAACUAUAUGCCAGGCUAUAACUCGAAGAAAGAAUUCAUUGCUGCUCAGGGUCCUCUGCCAAGUACUACUGCAGAUUUCUGGAGAAUGAUCUGGGAGCAGAAUGUGCACACACUCAUCAUGCUUACACGUUGCAAUGAGCAAGGAAGGGUAAAGUGUGAACAGUACUGGCCUUCAAGUAACACACAGACCUUUGGAAAUAUACAAGUAUCUCUGGUAUCAGAUACUGCUACUGAAGAGUGGACAAUUAGAGAUUUCACAAUAAAAAAUCCGACCUCUGGUGAAAAACGUAAUAUAAGACACUUCCAUUUCACAGCAUGGCCAGACCACGGAGUACCAGAGACAACAGAUUUGCUCAUUAAAUUCAGGGAUCUUGUGAGAGAAUAUAUGAAUCUGCACUCCAGAAACUCUCCCACCCUAAUUCACUGCAGCGCUGGAGUCGGGCGCACAGGAACAUUAAUAGCUCUUGACCACCUCAUCCAUCAGAUAGACAGGGAAGGCAUGGCGGAUGUAUAUGGAAUAGUCUAUGGACUUCGAAUGCACAGGCCACUGAUGGUACAAACCGAGGACCAGUAUGUAUUUUUAAAUCGGUGUGCCAUGGACAUCAUCAGAUCAAAGGACUUUUCAAAUUCAGACCUGAUUUAUCAAAAUACAGCAGCCUUGGGAAUCUAUGAGAACUUUGUACCAAACUUCAAGAGAGAAAAUGGCUACCGCUGUUAGUAAACAAGCCCUAAGAGACUGAACAACUGCAAUACUUUUAUCAGGUUUUAAUCAAACUAGUUGUCUUUUUUUAAAACUGAAUUUUGGGAAAAAAAUCUGUUUUUUGUAAUUUUAGCUACUAAAAAAAAUGAUGAAAUAGGAGGACCAAUGUAGUAAAGCAGAUUUGCUGACCAACUAUACAAUACUAUAAAAUACUGAGAUAUUUUCCUCAUAGGACGCUUGUAUCUAUGCUUGUAUAUGCUAUAUGGUUUUGAGACAUGGACGCUAUCCAGUGACCUGAGACUGAGACUGGACUCCUUCAUGUGUGUCUCUCCAGAGAAUCCUUAGGUACCGCUGGUUUGACUUUGUGUUGCUCACGGAGUCCCGAAUGAGGCACAUGACCUGCAUGGUGAGGGAACGUCAGUUAUGACACUUUGGCCAUGUGACACGAUUACCCGAGGGUGAUGUGGCUCGCAGGACCCUCAUUGUUGAAGACCCGAGUGAAUGGACCAGGACAAGGGGAUGUCCACAUAACAUCUGGCUGCAGCAGAUAGAGGGGCAUUUCCAGGGGUGGGAAUGGACCGCAUGUCUGCCUGGGGGGGUUGCCAACCAGGGUCCUGAGCUGUUUCAUUGUGUGGUGGGUCUGGCAACGUGCUGUAGCAGUGCAUGCUGCCCGACCUGAUCUAACCUGAUCCGACCUGGCACUUGUAUCAUGGCUUGACAGCUAGACUACAGCCAUAAAGCAUUUAUGCUAUUUGUUAUUCUGAACAAAAAAGAAAGACGCCAGCUCUUCUCAAAGUAUGAAUCAAACAUUCUUAUUAAGGUCAACAGUUGGCACUGGUAUAGUAAUUAUAAAGCAGUUCUAAAUGUGCCAUCCGUUAUCUUACUGCAGCUUUUAGAACACAACUGCAUCCAAACAUCUGUAUUGGUCGUGCAUUUAUUGCUAAGAAUUAAAUUUUUUUAUUUUUUUUUAGGAAAUGUGUGAAUUGCCUACCAAAAAUAGUUCAAUCAUUGCACUGGAAUAUGUAUUCCUCCAGAAACAAUUUCUUAAAGCAGUGUGGUUGGCUGGUGACUGCAAUGUGCCAUUUGACUGAUAAGUGCAAUAUGACUUUGUAAAUAUUGUGUGUCUGCUUGUAAGUUUAAAAUGAAGGUUUGUCUUCUCAGGUCAGCAGAGAAUUUUUACAGUGAAGACUUAAAAGCAGUAAGAAAAAUUAUGUGCAAAAAAUUUGAAUACACAUUAUUUAAAAGUAUGUUUCAUGACAUGAGUCGAUAAUUUAAUGUCUGAUAUAUUUAUAUGAAAUCUGAUUCAAAAUGUAAAAAAAAAACGUGUUAUUAAGUUAAUAUUUUUGUAUAUUGUACAUGCCUGUGACUUUGAAUGCACUGUAUAACAAUUGUUUUUUUUUUAUCUACUUGCUUUUAAGAGAACAUACGUGUGACAAGGCAAACGUCUAAAGCAAAACCACAUGUGGUGCACUGGCUGCACUGUUAAUUUCAUGAAGAUACACAGUUUAUAUUAAUAUAAUUUUAAACUAUAACUUAUAAAUUUGCUUUUUGUUCUUUCUUGUGUAAUCACUAAGCCUUACUUCUCUGAAUUAUUCUUUCAACAUUCUGAAGUAUCAAAUAUUGCUGGAAUUAACGUAAUAAAGGUAGACAAACAAGAUUGCUGCCAUAGAGUGUUAGGUGAGGUGGGUACAGUAUGCGAUUUUUAAGCCACUCAAAGAGCUCUGCUUUUUAGAACUAAGUUGUAACAGAAACUACCAGUUUAGAGUCAAAAUAAAAAAUGCCUAUAUAUUGGAAUGUAGAGAUUACAAAAAAAACCUUUAUAAGUUUUACAGCGAGAUCUCAUGCAUUUGGCUGCAAACUUGUGACGAAAUAUGAACAAAGUGAAGUCAUACUGCCCAUGCUUUUAUUUUCUUCUUUUAUACAUUUUAUGUCACAAGUCAGCAGAUAUCCUUUAAUUCAUAUUAUUUAAUGUAGAGCAUACAGACCAUUUAAAAUUCAUGAAAACUAGGCUAAAGUGUAUAUUGUCAUAAAUUGUUAUAAAGCAUUGAAAACAUUUUUCUAAAUCUGCCAAAAAGAACCAAGAACAGACACUUACUGUAGAUGUCUCUGAUAAAGGUUACAAAAUCCAUGAAAUGUGUGCUUUUCUUAUAAUCUGCAGCUUUCUACAUGAAAUGUGACCCCGUGUAGACAAACGACUCAGGUUUCCCAUGAAUAUUUUUUUAAAAUAACUGAAUGGGAUUUUUGAGGUAAGAUAUUUAGGAAGUCUUUUCCUUUUUUUUUUAACACAAAAAUACAGCUGUUUUGUGAUAUUAAAUAUUAAUAGGAAUUGCCAUGAUUGAAAGAGUAGUCAUAUCAGUGUACUCCCUUAGUUACACACAAAGAUUUGCACAUGAUUGUCAAAAAAUAGAAUAUUAAAUGUGUUUUUUAUAUAUUUUUAUUGUGUCUUUUAAGUUACCACAAGAAGGGCUACAUGUGAUUAUGUAAAA